GUACUUGGCUCGCACAGCAACUUCAGAAGCGCUACCCACAAGCCACGACCUUCUGCUUAUAAGUAUCUGCUUUUUGACGUUUUAGCUCUCUUCCCACACAACCACUAACACAUAUUUUUGAACCAUGAGUAACCCUCCACGAGGCAGAGGCGGUAAUCGCGGUGGUCCUCCCGCUGGCUCUCGAGGGGGUGGUGGCGGGUUUGGUGGAGGAAGAGGCUCUGGUACGAGGGGCGGGUAUGGCGGUGGUCCCAGAGGAGGAGGCCCAGGAGAAUUGAUCUUCCGGGGCCCUACGUCUGUAGACCAACGUCUGGCAACCUUGGAUCAAUUGGUCUCUUCCUUUAAGAAACUUGCCUUCAACCCCAAACGCCCCCACCGGCCUGGCUACGGACCUAUUUACGACUACCACGUCGAGAUUACGCCGUCUACAGACAUUAAGCGUAUUCGUGCGCGCCUUUUCCAGCUCCUAGAACAGAGCAAUCAACAAGGCUGGAGAGAGUUUGUGCCGUUCACUGCUCAUGACAGCAGCGAGAGACUUGUUUCUUUCAAGAAGCUGCCUCAACCCCUUGACGUGCAUGUCCAAUAUUACGAGGAGGGAGAAGCUGGUCCCAAUGCCAAAUCAAAGAUGUAUACUUUCGGAAUUACCUACACGGGCAGCAUGGAUGUUGCACAGCUCACGAAGUAUCUCAGCGGCGACAUUGCGUCGCGGGACUACGACUCCCAACCGUUGAUAGCUGCUAUAAAUCUCGUGCUUCAAACGCAUGCAUCACGCACCGGCGUUCGUGUAGGCAAGAAUCGCUAUUUCUUCCCCUCGCAAGAGCGCUUUGAGCUAGCGCUCGGCGUGGAGGCCUGGAAAGGCUUCUUCACGUCCGCCAGACCCGUAUAUAAGGAACUCAUGGUGAACGUCGGUGUCUGUAUGACCGCUUUCUACAAGCCAGGCAACCUUGCCGAUGCCAUCAUUGAGUUCAACCGGUCAUCCAAUGGCGCUAUGCUUCAACGAUUUACUCAGAAGCUCAAGGUGACCACGAGUCAUCUAGGGUACAAACAAAAGAAACCGAUUAAGAAGAUCAUGCCUACGACUGCUAGGCAGACAACUUUUAACUGCGAAGAGUAUAAUGGCCAGAUAUCUGUCGAAGAGUAUUUCAAGAGAAAAUACCCUCGCAUCAAGCUGAAGCAUGCACACGAUGUUCCAGUUGUUGACAUCUCAGGCCCAAAUUCGAAAUUCUCGAUAUACGUACCAGCCGAACUAUGUGAAAUAGAGCCUGGGCAACCGUUCAGAGGGCGCCUCAACGAGAAAGAAACCUCGAAUAUGAUUCGAUUUGCCUGCAACCCGCCUAAAGUCAACGCAGAUGCCAUCAUUGACCGUGGCCUUCCUACUCUUGGGUUUACGCCUCAGACGCUGGGUAGCCCUAUGAGCAACUUCGGCAUGGCAGUGGACAACAACAUGGCGGUCGUCCCUGCACGUGAACUUCCUCCGCCUCGCCUUAGCUACAAAGCAGGGAAGCCUCCCAACGUCAGCAACGGCAGUUGGAAUAUUCUUGACGUUAAAUUCCACCUUGGUGGAACAAUCAAGAGCUGGUGGGUGCUUGUCAUCAGAGAUGGACAAAGCGUCUUCAAUGGGCCCAACGACCCAGCUUUGGAAGGGAUCUGGAAGGGCUUUGGUGAGAAAUGCCGCAACAGCGGCAUAUCUUUGGGGUCAUCACCCUCUUUGUUGAACCAAGACCUCAUCCCUCCCGCCCGUGACCCAUCAAGGCAGCAGGCACUGGAUUUAAUUCGUCAGAACAUCAAACGACAAAUUUCCCAAAAAGGAAAACCGACCUUCAUCCUCGUCAUCCUAUCUCGCCGGGACAACUACAUUUACCCAGGAAUCAAGCGGAUUUGUGACGUUGAGUUGGGUGUCCACACCCUCCACAUGCUUACAGAUAAGGUGCUACGGGACCGCAAUAAACAAGAUCAAUACUUCUCGAAUGUCGCUCUCAAGUUGAACACAAAACUCGGAGGUAUCAACCAUAUGCUGGAUUCGGAGAGCAUGAAAUGGUGGACAAAGGCCAAGACGAUGGUUGUGGGCAUGGACGUCACCCAUCCUGGCCCUGGUAGUAUCGAGGGCACGCCAUCAAUUGCUGCUGUUGUCGCGAGCGCAGAUAAUUCUUUCGUCCAAUUCCCAGCAAGUCUCAGGUGUCAGGAAACUAAAAAAGAGAUGAUUACAGACCUGACUGCGAUGAUGAUAGAGCGCCUUAUGUUCUACGAAAAGAAGAAUCGAAGCUUGCCGGACCGAGUCUUUGUUUAUAGGGAUGGGCCAAUUAAUACUGUGCUGGACGAAGAGCUUCCUAAGAUGUUGGAGGCAUUUAAGAGAGUCCCCCAAACGAAGGUGUAUCGCCCAGCGUUGACGAUAAUCAUUUGUGGAAAACGCCACCAUGCCAAGUUCUGGCCGACCGAGUCCCAGUUCGCCGAUCGGAACGGUAACACUCGUCCAGGAACUGUCGUCGAUCGAGGUGUCACUGCAGUAUUUGACUUUGACUUUUACCUUCAAGCUCAUGCUGGCUUGCAAGGCCACGUGAAGGCAACGCACUAUACAGUGGUUUAUGACGAAAACCACCUUGGCGCAGAUGAAGUUCAGCAGGGUACGCACACUGCGAGUUACCUAUACGCUCGUGCCACCAAGGCGGUGAGCCUCGUCCCGGCUGCAUACUACGCCGACUUGGCUUGUGAAAGAGGGAGAUGCUACUUGAACGAUUUCUUGAGUGCCGAUGACAAGGUAUCGAGUUCUGUCGCAACAGGGAAAGGGAAGGGGAAAGGAAAGGUGGACAAGGAGGAAGAGAAGAUGCGCGUGUUUAUGGCGGCGAAGACAGCAUGGGGAGAAGGUGUGCAUCCUGACUUGCGCGGGAGCAUGUUCUAUAUCUGAUGUAGGCUACUGUGAGUCGUACCAGUACUGUAAGUAAUCGUGUAGUGCGGAUAUGAGGUUGAUGUAAUCACCGAUACAUGUUCGGAUUCAAAGUGGACAUUUCUGCUUCGAUCGCUCUAGUGGAGUCUGGACCAAGGUAGAUUUGGCCCUU